UUAUUUAUUUGAUUAAUUCUGUCCAUGGAUCUGAAAUUGAUACCCAGGAAUUUGUGUAGAAUUCGGACUUGUAGAUCGCCAGCUAGUUGCAUUUGUGUGUUGUUUGACGUUCAGUAGUUGGAAGUCGAUUUUGUUGUGUGGAUAUUUCUUCGUAAUAGAGCAGGGGAUUUUGAGAUCAUGGACAAGAAGAAGUAUCCAAUUGGACCGGAGCAUUACACGCUUUUCGAGGAGGUAGGGCAAGGAGUCAGUGCUUCGGUUCAUCGUGCCUUAUGUAUUUCUCUCAACGAAGUUGUUGCCAUCAAAAUCCUCGAUUUCGAACGCGAUAAUUCCGAUUUGAAUAACAUCUCGCGUGAAGCACAAACAAUGGUCCUAGUUGAUCAUCCCAAUGUUCUUAAAUCACAUUGCUCAUUUGUUAGUGAUCACAACCUAUGGGUUAUCAUGCCUUACAUGGCUGGAGGUUCCUGUCUCCACAUACUGAAGGCUACUCAUCCAGAUGGCUUCGAAGAGACCGUCAUUGCAACAGUAUUACGGGAAGUUCUAAAGGGUUUAGAAUAUCUUCAUCAUCAUGGCUUCAUCCAUCGUGAUGUUAAAGCUGGAAAUAUUCUCAUUGAUUCACGAGGUGGAAUAAAGUUGGGAGAUUUUGGUGUCUCUGCUUAUUUAUUUGAUUCAGGUGAUAGGCAACGUAUGCGGAACACAUUUGUUGGAACUCCUUGUUGGAUGGCACCGGAGGUCAUGGAGCAGUUGCAUGGUUAUGAUUUCAAAGCUGAUAUUUGGUCCUUUGGCAUAACUGCAUUGGAGCUUGCUCACGGCCAUGCUCCUUUCUCAAAAUAUCCUCCAAUGAAGGUCUUACUAAUGACAUUGCAAAAUGCACCCCCUGGCCUUGAUUACGAGAGAGAUAAGAAGUUUUCAAAGUCUUUUAAGCAAAUGAUUGCUAGUUGCUUGGUGAAAGAUCCUUCAAAACGACCUUCAGCCAAAAAAUUGCUGAAGCAUCCGUUCUUUAAGCAAGCAAGGUCCAAUGAUUAUAUAGGUAGAACACUGUUGGAGGGUUUGCCAGCACUUGGAGAUCGCAUGAAGGCAUUGAAGAGGAAAGAAGAAGACAUGCUAGCACAAAAGAAGAUACCAGAUGGGCAGAAAGAAGAAAUAUCACAGAAUGAAUAUAAACGGGGGAUUAGCAGCUGGAAUUUUAACCUUGAAGAUUUGAAGGCACAGGCUACCUUGAUUCCAGAUGAGGAGAUCCUUGGUGACAAGGACCUAGGUGGGAGUUCGAAUUCGCUGUCUGGGCUUGACAUUCCAGGGAAACAGCUAAAUAAGUUUCAGCAUCAGUUCUCCUUCUCAAGUCAAUAUUCAGAUGCUACUGAAUUUGACAGUAACAAUCCAUCUGCCCCUCCUUCACCUGCCACCCAGAAUGUGGCUUAUAACAUAACUAAAUGUGAGAAAUCUGAUGAUGAUUUAAGCAUUGCUGGUUCAUUUCAUGAUCCUCAACUUUCACAAAAUUCUUCACCAUGCUAUGACAAUCGCAUGGAAUUGAAUUUGGUGGGAAAAGGUGAACAAGUGGCUGAUGCAAAGUUAUUCGAGGGCAUGCCUGUAAAUUCUCGCCAGAGUGAUAAAAGUCAAUUCCAAAAUGUAUCCAGUUGCAAUGGGACUUCUGUUCUUCAAACAAUAGAUGAUGUACCAACUGAAGUAAUCAGUAAACAUUGUAGAACCUCAGCAGCUAACAGUGAAGAUUUUGAUGAGAAGACUAAGGGUCAUGUUGUUCAGCAAAGAGGACGUUUCAAAGUUACGUCAGAGAAUGUCGACUUGGAAAAGGUAGGUGCAUCUCCAAUGCUACACAAGAGUCAGAGCUUGCUGGUGAUGCCACAAACUCUUGCUGCUGCUCAACCAUUACCACUUGAUGCUACACCACCAAAUCUUCUUACACCAUCCCAUUUUCCAGCGUUGCAGAGUAUUUUAGAGGCAAAUAUUCUUCAAAGGGAAAGUAUUCUUAGAUUGAUGAGGCAAGUGGCCCUUGGAGACACUACGGUGGAUGCCGGAUGCAUGCCAUUAAAUUCGCUUGGUGUGGAGAAAUCGCUGUUGGAGGUUGCUCAUGACAAAGAGAAGGAAUUAAUUAGUGAAAACACUGAAUUGCAGUGGAGGUUGAUACGUGCUCAAGAAGAACUUCAAAAAUACAAAGCAGAAAACGCUCAAAAUAACUCUUGAAAUAGGAAACUGCAUAGGGGAUAUCACAAUCUUUAUAGUUCGGACUCAAGUGGCAUACAUUGAUGUUAUUAAAAAACUGUAAAGGAGAAAUGAUUAGUAGCAGCAGGUUAUAAUUUUGAUUUGUACAUUAAGUUUAUAGUAGGCAGUGAGAUGCUGGUUUUAUUAUCUCUAUUUAUUAUUUUACUGCAUUUACUCGA